GGUCACGCUGAGGAACAUCAUGGAUGCUUUGAGUACAUGAUCAUACCGGACGGGUCUCCAGCACCAGGACCAGGACCAGGACUAGGACUAAUACUAGGACUUCGCCGAGGGCAGCUUCACCAUGUGUCCGCCGAACCCUGGCUCGUGUCCGGGUUGAGUCUGUGUAGUGGUCACUCGUGCACGUGGGAGGACAGAGGUGUGUUUGUGUCCAGGAUGGAUGUGUAAAAGUCAGACUGGAGGAAGAUCUGCCUCCUACAUCUGGAGAUGACAUGUUUUUCUUCUGCCAAAAGUGAACUGUUUCCUCUUAUCCUGCGGAUGAAACACUGACCGGUCUGGAAUGCCAAAGGAACAGGGGCAUUUUGGGGAGCGGCCCACCCGGAACACCUCAAAGAAUGCCAAGGAUAAGAGUAACAGUGCCACCCUUCGGGCAUCCCAAAGCGGCGCCCACAGGGAGCAGCCUGGGAUGGGUGACAUGAGCAACCGAAUGCUGAGGUGUGACUCAGAGAAGGACUCAGAGAAAGACUCAGGAUACUCAGAGGCCGGCUCAGACUCGGUGCACACUGAUGUGGAUGACCAGCGCAGCAGUGUCAGCGAACGUCAGAGCGGAAGCAGCAAAAGCUCCAACAGCGGCGGUGGGAACACCCCCGGCCGCAGCAUGCCUCCUUAUAAGGAGAUGACCCCGGUUUAUGUCAUCAAAAACCUGAUGGUCAAGCCGUCUAAUCCGGAUCAGCUUCUGCACAGCCCCCUGGCGUGGGGCGGAGGUUGGCACGGCCUCUCCGGUGCCAAGGCGCCCACCCAGCUGCUCCUGAUCCAACAGCCGGCGAUACCUGCCCCCUCGUCCUCUACCCUCACACCUUCAUCUUCUGUAGCACCACCGCAGAACCACGUGAGGAAAGGAAGCGGCCACGGCAGCAAGAACUCCUACCUGCCCAUUCUGAAUUCAUACCCGCGGAUCGCACCACACCCCAGGAAGGAGGGUCACGGGAGUAAAAGUGCAUCAUGGGUACAGGGUGUUAAAGAAAGCGGGAGUGAAGGGCAUAGUCAGAGCAAAAGAGUGUGCACUGAAGAGGAGAAGAGGGAGGCUGUGUCCACCACCACCCAUCUCCUAAAACCCCAGCAGAAAGACCCCAGAGUCCACUCCUACUCGCAGUAUAAAGGUCGAAGCAGCUCCUUUCCCACCUCGUCCCACCGCCCGCUGCCCGGACAGGCUUCUUCCACCACAAAACCCCACCACUGCCAACAAAGCUCCAGCUCUGACAGUGUGAGCUCGCCGUCCGUCUCCAGCUCACAGACCCCCUCGCCGCCUUGCUCCUCCGACUCCCCUUCGUCCUCCUCUCCCCCGUCUUCCUCCCCUCCUUCCUCAGCGGCUCACAGCCCCUACCGCCUGGCCCCGGACAGCACCUCCACCCGCCAGCGCCGUUUCCUCAACACCGCCGAGAUCUUGAACCAGUCGGGGCUGCUGGCCAUCACGCUGCGCACCAAGGAGCUGCUGAAGCAAAACGCCGCCACCGAGAGGGAAAUCGCCCAGCUCCGUCAGCACACCAACCUGCUUUGCCAGGCGGCCCAGGCCAGACACAGCGAAGGCUCCGACAGCUUCGACAAGCUCGUUCACAUCAUGACGGAGUCGGGCUCCUACCCUGAUCUACACAUAGAUCAAGUCCAAACCCUCAGCAGCAGCAGCAACAACCAGCAGAGCAAGAACCAGAAUCAGGAGAAGAAGGAGAAGGACGUCAGAACCACUACAAUCAACCCAACUCCAACCCUAGUGUCUUUUAAAAAAAACAUAGACGACGGAACAUCACCUCCAUCUCCGCUGUUCGCCCCCUCGCCUGAAACUGAAGAAAGGGAGCACACUCCUCUGGACCUCCUGUCCUCCUCCCUUUCUCUUUCCUUUUCCACGUCUGACUCCAAACUGGGACAGAGACAAGCGGUUACUGAUAAAGACUUAAGCGAGCUCAGUAUUUUACCAGAAAGCUCUACGCACAAUAACUAUCUGCUCUAACCUAGAUGUUGAGGAAUGGCAGAAAAAUACUGGAUUUCAACUGAGAGAAAUGUCAGUAAAACUCAGUAUGACUGGGUGAGAGGGUAAAAAUCUGAUUGUUUGGGUUUCAGUUAAAUGAUUGAUAUAUUUUCCUACUUUGUAGUCAGGUAUUUCUUAAUUCCAGGUGUUUCUUUUCCGUCUGUAUUUUUGCCUUCUUUGGACUGGUCUAUAUUUGUCAGAUGUCUAAUAUGUCCACUAUCGAACAUGAAUUAAUAAUGUAGUUGGCAGACGCUGAUAGACACCAAAAACAUGUUUACAGGGCGAACACAAAACAAGAGUCUUCUCCUGUUGUUAUCACCACUCAGGUGUCAGCGUCUGUAGCCUCAUGGUUUGUUUUAAUUUGCUUAAAUUGUGUUGGAUCUUUGACCUGAAAAACAUGGAGGCAAGGAUCAGGAUUAUUUAAAUGGAGUAAUGUGCACUACAGGGGCCACACUGAGCUCCAAGUCUCAUAAAAUGCUAAGUGAGGGCUCUGGAAAUUUGCUAAAUUAAAGGUAGGGUGGGAGAUCUUGGAAAAACGGUUCAAGCAAGCUACAUUUCAAAAGUCCAAACCCCUUUCUUCAGACUUCCCCCUGAAGCCACGCCUCCAGAGUACUGGAAUGCGCAAUGCUUGUUCCGGAGGGUUCAUGAAUGCUGCGCAGCAUCAAUCCCCCCCCGCCCCCGGUCUGUGGCUCCAUGUGUAUCUCAUUCAUUCUCUUUCAUACCUAUCUGAUGGGAUGGGAAUCGAGAACUGGUUCUUUUUGAGAACCGGUUCCCAUUAGCUUGAUUCCUUAGAAUCGUUUGCCUGCCUGCUUAAUGAUUCUGCUCGAUUCUGCCUUUGUUGCACAUGCACGAUGAUGUCACACACAUGCCGCAUGUAGCCAACAUGGCAUUGAGGCAGAAACGGUCCAAAAAGACGACACCAGGUCCACUGGAACACUGUCAAAGCUUCCAUUUCUUCAAAAGGCUGAAAUCCCACCAAUAUGCUCAAACAUUUGUCCA